ACUUUUUAACUUUGGGCCAAUUCUCACCCGUUUCACUUCAGGCGUUAGGUCCCAGUCCCACACCUGACAGCAAAAUGUCUGACAAAGGCGCCUUCGACACCAACGUGCUGACUCUGACCAGGUUUGUCCUGGAGCAGGGCAGGAAGGCGCAGGGAACAGGUGAGCUCACCACGCUGCUCAACUCCAUCUGCACAGCUGUCAAAGCCAUUUCCACCGCUGUCAGGAAGGCUGGGAUCGCUAACCUCUAUGGCAUUGCUGGAAGCACCAACGUGACAGGAGACCAGGUGAAGAAGCUGGACGUUCUGUCCAAUGACCUGGUCAUUAACAUGAUCAAGUCGUCCUUCACCUCCUGUGUGCUCGUGUCAGAGGAGGAUGAAAAGGCCAUCAUUGUGGACCCAGACCAGAGAGGAAAAUACAUCGUGUGCUUUGAUCCACUGGACGGCUCCUCAAACAUUGACUGCCUUGUCUCGAUUGGAACAAUUUUUGCCAUCUACAAAAAGACCACAGAUGGCGAGCCCUGUGAGAACGAUGCUCUGCAGCCUGGAAGGAACAUUGUCGCUGCUGGUUAUGCGCUGUACGGCAGCGCCACCAUGAUGACCCUCUCGACCGGUCAAGGAGUCAGCUGCUUCAUGCUGGACCCCGCAAUUGGCGAGUUCAUCUUGGUGGAUCGCGACGUCAAGAUUAAAAAGAAGGGAAAGAUCUACAGUUUGAAUGAAGGAUAUGCACAGCACUUUUAUCCAGAUGUGACUGAAUACCUGCAAAAGAAGAAAUUCCCAGAGGACGGUUCUGCUCCAUACGGCAGUCGAUACAUCGGCUCAAUGGUCGCCGAUGUUCAUCGCACUAUGGUGUACGGCGGAAUCUUUUUAUAUCCCGCCAAUGUCAAGAGUCCCAAGGGCAAGCUCAGGCUACUAUAUGAAUGCAACCCCAUGGCCUUCAUCAUCGAGCAGGCAGGAGGCAAGGCCACCACUGGAUCUAUGAACGUUCUGGACAUCCAGCCCACCGCGAUCCACCAGCGAGUCCCUGUGGUCCUCGGAUCCCCCGAUGAUGUGCAAGAAUAUAUUUCCAUUUACAAGAAGCAUAACAAAUGAGUCUCUUUGAACACAGCAGGCCACGUCUGGCGGUGAGCAGCCUGAAGCAGGACUAAACACAAUAAAGUGCACUGAUGAAGGAACCAGGAGCUUCACUGGACCUGUGAACACACCGCUCUGCCAUAUAACCUACCUUCUUGUUGUGUGUGUGUGUGUGUUACUUGAAGGCAUCUUUCUGUAUUAUUUAAAUAAAGACCAAUGGAAAAUGCACAUGUUCUUCACUGAGUUGUCACAGUCUUAUGUCCGAGUGUGGUUUGAUGAAUAAAUGAUUGAGUUUUAUUGUUUCUCACUGCAAACAUUGACACAACGGAUGACAUCAGAGGUGUGUGUCACUUGGUAAGAACAUGUGAAAGGGUCAUUUAUUUGAAUUGAAUUGUGUUUGAAUGCAAUAAACCAUGUUUAAAGCUCUUCAGACUGAACAUGUUUCCACAUUUGACUCAUGUUCACACGUGGGAAAUGCCAUACCACCAUUCUUUACCUGCGCUCAUGGGACGAGAGUAAAAUGUAGAGUUUUUCUAGAGUUUGAAGCAAGUAAUGAAUAAAAUUUGCAUGCGUUACUGUAAA